UGUUGCAGUAUAUUACCAUGUAUAUUUUUUUUUUUUAUUUCUACAGAAUUUAUCGAUAUUCAAUACGAAUGUUGUUAUAAUUAUUAUUUUUAUUCUCACUCUUAUAUAAUAAGAAAUAAGUUCAUUUUGAAAUUUCAGUGUAUUUCACAUAUUCAUGCGACAUAACCUGUUGUAAGCAAGGAGACGGUAUAAUAAUCGUAAUUUAUUUUUUAUCACGUUAUCAUUGUGUGUAAUUAAAUUCUGUAAUUUAUUGUUUUUAAAUGCCCAACGUGUAGGAAAUACCGAGAAACAAGUAAAAAUAUUUGUCCACGAGGUGAAGGUGCUGCCUAGUACCCUUUCAUUGAAGUGGUAGAAUCAAGAAGUUUUCGGGAUUUCAGAAAAAUGGAGGUCGUGGUUCAGUCGAAAUUGUGAAUCUGUCUUGUCGAAGAGGGCUUAAAUUCUGUUGUUUUUCAUGUAAUAACAAAUUUCUUACACGUUUCUCUCGAUUCUUGAUAUUUUACUUUAUUUAUAAAUCGGAACUCCAGAAAGUGAAAAUCGAUUUUUAUGGAGUAAAAUGCAGGAGAGACGGUACAUCUCUAUUGUACGCUUUUCUCAAUAUACUUUUAAAUCUAAAAUUUUCACUGAAUCUUGAGGUAUUCCAACUAUUGAUAAAAAAAUAGUUUUUAUUUUUUAGUUUUAGGAAGAUAAUACGUUGGAUGUACAAGACUCAAUAUAAAAUGAAGUCGAAAACAAAGGCAAAAAAGCCAAGUAGGAAAUUGGGGAAGGUCACUCCUACAGAAAUUUCUACUAGUUCAGAUUUAUCACAAUUACGUCCACCGGUGGAUACAAGCAUUUCAACUUUAUAUCGUGUGAGCAAAGUUUUAGAAACUGGCAGCGAUGAAGUUAAAUCUAUCUUAGCAUUUGAAUGUGAUUUAAUAUAUGAAUGUCGCAUAUGCCAAAGCCUCUUCAGAAGUUUGGCCAAUUUUAUUUCCCAUAAACGGGUCUAUUGUAAAAAAAAAUUUGAUGUUACUUUUGCUAAGAACUCUCCCAACGACUCUGACAUAAUUCCCACAAAUAAUUUAGAUGCACAAAAAGAAUUUGAAGAAGUUGGUGGAAAUGAUAGAAUUUUAAGAAGUCAAGUCUGUAAAGAAAAGGAAAAGAAGGAUCUUAGUACAGUUGUUGAUAUGUUACGAAAAAAACAAGUAGGAACGAAUACUGAACGAUUAUAUUUGGAAACUGUACAUUCAAAUUCAUCAGCAGUUUAUCAAACUGUUGAAUCAGUGGUUUCAAGUGAGAGUUCUACAGAUUUAAUGAAGGCGCAGGUAACAGAAUUAGAAAGUAUGAGUGAACAAACCGCAGUGUUAGAUCAGAAUGGUCAAGUUUCAAAAUCUACUCAAAAGUUGAAUAACAAUACAGCAACUCAAGUUUGUAAUAACAAAAAAAGUGAUAGUGUUCUUGAAAAUGAACUUAUUUGUCCUAUAUGUUGUGCGAAAUUUUCUACCAAAAAAACGUUAACAGUUCAUACAAGGACUCUGCAUACAUCUCAUAGAUUAUGUUACCCAUGUCCUUGUUGUUCUAAUACAUUUGCAAAUACUUGGAGUGUUUAUAGGCAUCUUUUUAAAGUUCACAAAAAAUCCAAUGAAGAAGUACGAAAACUAAGAUCACAAAUUCAAGAAAAGGCAUUUAUUAGAAAUACUACAGUUGCUGAAGAUUUGCAAAAGGAGGACGCUAACAAAAUUUCAGCGAAUAACGCAUUAAGAGUUAAUGAAACACAGGAGUGGAUAGAUCAUUUGGAAUCAGAUACAGAAUUACAAAGAUGCGGUGGUUGUGGAAAAAGAUUUGAUAGAAAAGCAGCCCUAUCAGCUCAUUUGCAAUAUUGUCAUAGACGUGUUGCAGCAUAUGAAAGUACAAUUAAAGUUAAAAAGAUCAAUAAAGUUCCAUCAAAUAGUGUUUCAAAUGAAAAUACAGUUGUUAAUUCAGAAAGUAACAACGCUACACAAAUUGAUAACACUAAUCUAACAUCCAUUCGUGUGGAAGCAAUUAACAGUUUAAGUAAAGCAGACUGGAAUAUGUUGAGUAGUGAAAAAUCUAAUGGAAAUGUUCUCACGAAUGGAGAACAAGGAAACAAGAUGACAGAUAAUCUUUCUUCUGCAAGUGAGGUUUCUGAUCCUUUAGAAAUUGUAUAUACUAAUAUAAACAAACAUAAAGUUAAAGUUGGGAGUAGAAAACGAAAAAAUAAGGACAAUACAAAAAGAUUGAAUAAUAAUACAGAAAACAUUAAAAAAGAUAUAUCUCUGGAAGUAAGUAUUGGGCACAAUAAUAAAAAAACUGAAAAACCGAAUCAUGUACUAUUAAUGGAAAAAAAAAUAGCUUCAAUAGUAAAUUUUGAAAAGCUUCAGUGCCUUCCGUGUAAACGAAAAUUUCCCUCAGUGAAUAAUUUAAGAAGACAUGCUGCCAUUCAUAUUGGUUGGAAUCGUUAUCAAUGCAAACUCUGUGAUUAUAAAUGUUUCGUUAAAUGUGAUUGUAUAGCACAUUGCAAUAAAAUACACAAUGCUCAAAAUAAUCGUGUCGUCAUAGACGAAAUGAUUACUCAAAUUCCAGAUGAUCAAUAUAUGUGUAACGAAAGUGUUAUGUCGAAUGGAAUGAACUUAGGAAAGGAGACUGACGUUCCAGAAGUUGUAGAAGUCAACAUUUCUGCAGAAAAUAUGGAGGUAGAAGUUGAAAUAGAAAAGGAAAAUGUAAAUGAAAUAAAAACAGAAGCUGAUAAGAAUUCAGUAAUGACUUAUGAAAAUGGUGAAACUGAAGAAACGUUGAAUAAUAAUAUCAAAGGAAAUACUUUGGAACUGAAUCCUGAUCUUAAAAGAAUGGUGAUGGAAGUUAUCUUUGGAUCUCCUGAAACUCAUUCUACAAAACAAACGGAUGCAAAGGAAACUGAAAGUUCCAAUUCACAGUUACGAAAUAGAGAAGAAGAAACACAGUUUAAGAACUCUAAUUUAAAGGAAAGUACAUGUACACAGGACAAUCUAAAAACACAACGCCCUAUUCGUAAUAAAAUAAAACCAUUAAACAAGGAUUUUAUCUAUGAUUUAAAAGAAGUUACGUUCCGUAAAGAUCCUUUAAUUAUGAAAUCUUUCAACAAGCAGCUUGCUAAAAAAUCUCCGGUGCAGGAAGAAGAUAAUUUAGAAAAAAUUGCAGAUCAACCGUCCAAACGUUUCAAAGCUGAAGAAAGUGAUGAAAUAUCAAUUCUUUGUGAAACUAAUACUAUAGUAGAUACAUGCGAAAUUAAACAUAAUUGAGAUUUUAAGAAUAAUUCUUUUUCUUUAAGAAUAGUGUCACAAUUAAUUAAUAAAAAUCGUGGAAUUUUAGUGGAAUUUGUAUUCAAUCAAAAAUACAUCAUUUAAAUUAAUAUUGCUCAUUUCAGAAAACAAAUUUUUAAUAAAUUUUAAAAUUUUAUUCUUCAUAAGUAUAAUACAUUAGUUUAUUUUAGUUA